AUGUCGAAAGUCGUGAUCCACCGAGGCGUCGUGUACACGUCGGGGCAGACGGCCGCCGACGCUGGAGACUGUGUCGAGAAACAGACCAAGUCGUGUCUUGCAAAGAUAGACGCGCUGCUGGCGGAGGCGGGCACGAGCAAGUCGAACGCGCUGAACGCCACCAUCUGGCUGAAGGACAUCGAAGCCGACUUCAAGCGGAUGAAUGGCGUGUGGAACGAGUGGGUUGAAGCGGACAACAAGCCGACGCGAGCGACCGUUCAAGCCGCUAUGGCCCGACCCUCCAUCCUCGUCGAAAUUCAGGUAACGGCGGCGCUUCCAGAGUGA